GUGCAUGCACGCGUGGGGUGUCAGCGCUGAAACGAACUCGGAGAGUGCAACCACUCGUGGAGCGCCGGCCGAAACGAACCCGUUCCACGCUGCGAGUGGGCACGCGUGGGCACGAGUGCCGUGAAACGAACUCGCUAUGACUUAUCAACUUCACACUUUUCCUUUCCGGUUAGCCAUUGUGGUCUAUGUUGUGUGAGGCACAGACCAAAGUCUUGUCAGUUUUGUCUUUAGUUGAAUGCUACAAUCUUUCACCAACAGGUGUGUGAAUAGUGCUUGGCCCAGCAAAAUAUGCUUUCUGAUACUUUGUUACUAGUAAGAUGUGGACAAAACGUCAAAAAGGAGGCGUUAGAGAAGGGAAUACAAUUCUUUUAAUAAAGUUACACGGACAAAAUCGACGGUGAUUGGGGUUGUACGUAUGCGCACAGUUAACAUGUAUGUUGAAGAAAGACAUGUUUGCGAGGAAUUUACAUUUCAACAGGCUUUCCUCCCAACCAACGCGGCCGUCGGCUCGCCAACUAUUCGCGUCGGGGGGCAUCCCAAGUGCGCAGUAACGAAAGGAGGUGACGACGACCUCGAAUUAGCGAGACAGCGCCCGAUGGGCUCGCGCGAACAGUCGCUACUUUUGUCGGCAAUUCUAUCUCCGACCUGUCAGCCGCAUAGCCGGCAUAGGCCGUAACGAACGACAAGCCGACAAAGCAGUCUCCCCCGUCCUCCUCACGCCAGCUUUGGCGCUUGCUGCGACUGCGAUGACUGGGACACCUCGUUCUUGGACGUCGUUCGCGGCGGGUCUUCCGCGUUGAGGUUUUCGGGGUCUUCUUCACUGGCACGGCCCCAACAUGCCGUCGGGAGUCGGCCGAGGCCGUAUGCGUCAGCGCCCGUGACACGCUACAGCGGUUGGGAGAUGCGCCGAAGUCCCAGCGAAGUCGACCAAGCCCCCUGGCUCGCGGCAAAGAUAAGCGCGCUAGUUGUGGUGGCGGCGGUGCUGUUGCCGUAAACCGUGCAUAUGCCUGUGUCUCGACCGGUGCCCACGAUGCAGUUCGUGGCCGUGGAUGUCGGCACGCAAAGUGCGCGAGCCGCGCUGGUCAGCGAGAAAGGGAAGUUGCUUAAGACGGCGACGUGUCCGCUGGACACUUGGAACCCGAAGCCGGAGUUCUACCAGCAGUCCUCCGAGCAGCUAUGGAAGUCCGUCUGCAAAGUGGUCAAGGAGGUCAUCAAGGAUGCCAAGAACGUGAGGGGGAUAGGGUUCGACGCCACAUGUUCCCUCGUUAUCCUGGAUGAGGACAGGCGGCCACUUAGCACAAGUCCCACAGGAGAGCCUGAACAGAACAUCAUUUUGUGGAUGGACCACCGGGCGGUCGAGCAGGCAGAGCUCAUCAACCAGACCAACCACGACGUCCUGCGCUUUGUCGGUGGCAAGAUGUCUCCAGAGAUGGAGCCACCUAAGCUCCUUUGGCUGAAACAGAACAUGCCAUCCACGUGGGAGAAAAUGGGCUUUGCCUUUGACCUGCCGGACUUCCUGACAUGGCGUGCAACCGGAUGCGACUCGAGAUCCCUGUGUACGGCUGUCUGCAAGUGGACGUACCAGGCCGGAUCAGCAGAGAACCAAGGGUGGAAAGACUCCUUCUGGAUUCAGAUCGGCCUGGAAGACCUGGUUCAGGACGGCUACAGGAAGAUAGGAACAAAGUUCUAUGCUCCUGGGGCCCCCUGCGGCAAAGGUCUCAGCGUGGAGGCUGGCAUUCAGCUGGGCCUCAAAGCUGGCACUCCCGUUGCCACCUCCAUCAUCGAUGGGCAUGCCGGAGGGCUUGGGCUUCUCGGCUGCGAAGCGGACAAGGAGUUUGCCAAGUCAUUCUCGAGGCGUCUGGCCGUUAUUGCGGGCACCUCCACGUGCCACAUGUUGGCGAACGAAAACUGCAUCUUCACACCAGGCGUCUGGGGGCCCUACUUUUCAGCCAUGGUUCCGGGCAUGUGGCUCAGCGAGGCCGGACAGAGCGCAGCUGGAGCUCUGAUCGACCAUGUUCUGGCUACGCAUCCUGCCUACCAAGCCGUCGUGGACAAGACGAGACCUGGGCGACGGCCGGAGGAGACGCUCAACGGCAUCCUGGCCCAGAUGAACGAGCGACUGGACCUUGCCUCGGUCUCGAUGCUGGCCGCCGACCUGCACGUCUACCCCGACUUCCACGGCAACCGGUCGCCCCUGGCGGACCCUGGCUUACGGGGCAUGGUCUGUGGCCUCAGCCUUUCUGCGGGAGAAGAGGACCUCGCACGACUCUACUUGGCCACUCUGCAGGCGCUGGCUUACAGCACUCGCCACAUCCUGGACGCUUUGAGCGACACGGGCCAUUCCGUGUCCAGCAUACUGAUGUGCGGAGGGCUGUCCAAGAACCCCUUGUAUGUGCAGCUUCACGCAGACGCCACGGGACUUCCUGUUCUGCUGCCCACGGAACCAGAGUCGGUCCUCCUGGGAGCAGCCAUCUUGGCCGCCCACGCGGCAGGCCGCUACAACAGCGUCACGGAGGCCAUGCUUCGCAUGGGAGGUACCGGUACGGUGGUGCCACCCAACAAGGGGGACCGGCGGUUCCACGACGCCAAAUACCAGGCCUUUCUGGCCAUGCUGCAGUGCCAGCAGCAGGUGCGGGACACCAUGCACGCUGGGUGCCAGUAAACCAAUUAUUUUUUUACGAGUAACAAGGAGA